CAUAUAUAUACUAAAAGUUGACUGAGUCUAUGCAAAAUAGUAUACUCCCUAAAUAAGACCUAUCUGGGGAAGACUUCAUGUAACUACAUCAAAAUCAAUUCAGCAUAAUUCAUAUCCUCCAAUUCCACUUUGUACCUAGCUAGUGUGUGAAAAAAGUCAUCAAGAAAUGGAAGAAACGCUCAUUAAAUCAGAUGAGAAGAAGCUAUAUGAUGCAGCAAUAGAAGGCAAUGCAUCACUAUUUCAAAAACUCCUCCAAAAAAAUCCAUUUCUUCUCAACAAAAUCUCAUUUUCAAGCACUCACAAAUCUCCUCUACACAUAGCAACAUACCAAAGAAAUCUCAGCAUCGUGCAACAAAUCAUGGACAAAAGCCCCGAGCUAGCUGAGGAAUUAGACUCCCAAAAAUCGUCGCCUCUUCACAUAGCAGCAGCGAAAGGGUACGUAGAAAUCGCCUCAAUAUUGCUAGCAGAGGCGCCAAAGAUGUGCUGGUCGCGUGACUGCCGCGGCAUGAACCCUGUCCACGUGGCAGCCAUGAAUGGCCGUGUCGAUGUCGUGGAGAGGCUUGUUGAGGAGGAUGGUUUUGCUGCUAUGGAGAGGCUGGAUCGCGGGGAGACGGUGCUGCAUCUGUGCGUGAAACAUCGUCAGCUAGGGGCGUUGAAGGCUUUGGUUGAGAAGUUGGGUGAGUUUGUGUGUGAAGAGGAUGAUGCUGGAGACACUGUCUUGCAUUUGGCUGUUAGAUUCAGACAAGUUGAGACGAUUCAAUACUUGGUGGAGAACACUAUAAUCCACAAGAAAUCAAAGAAUUUGAAAGGGCAAACGCCACUCAAAAUCCUAAAACAGAGCAUUACCCAGCCAGGAUCAGAAGAAACAACCCAAAAAAUCAAGGAAAUUCUCAAAAUACGAUCCACCAACCAAUCCUCCCAAUCCCCACCAGUGGAGUGGCUAACCAAGAAGCGCGACUCCAUAAUGGUGGUGGCGAUCCUGAUCGCCACCAUGGCCUUCCAGGCAGCCGUCAGCCCCGCAGGCGGCGUGUGGCAAGACGACACGCCGCCUCACAGGGCGGGGGAGGCCGUGAUGGCCUACAAUAACCCCGAGACAUACAAGAACUUCAUACGCUCCAACACAGUGGCUUUCGUGACGUCACUGAGCACCAUCCUGUUGCUGAUCAGUGGCCUGCCGUUCAAGUACAGAUUCUUCAUGUGGGCCCUGAUGGCGAUCAUGUGGGUGUCGGUGACGGCCGUGGGAGUGACGUAUGCGGCUUCGAUCAUGGUGGUGACUCCUGGAUUUGAUCGGAAGUCGCUCAGCCAAGUGAUCAAGACCGGGAUCAGUGUUUGGAGUGGUGUGAUGGUGGUUUUGUUGGCCGGGAAUAUUCUUCGGCUGCUUCUCCGGUGGCUGAGGCGGGUCGGAGUGGGAUUCUGGACGUCGGAGAGAUGUUUUCGGAAGUCUGGUGAAGUUUAGUCGUGAGAGUAAUGGGGAUCGAAAUUCAUUUGAACUUCGAGGAUGAUGAACAAUUACAUUUGUUUAUGUUUCGUUUGAUCUAAUAACUAAAAUUGUUCAUUGACUAUAUGAUUAAAUACUUCAUGGACUAUCUUCUUUGGGAUUUUAGUUUUCGUUCUUCUUAA